AUGUAUAGUGUGACGGUCACGAGAUCUGUGUGUAGAAUACACGGACUGAUAUAUGGUCGAGCUAGUUCCGUGAUAAAACUGCGGCUUCACGGAGAAGAGAAAGGCGGCCCGCGUGAGGAAGCAAUCCUCCUUUUCACGCCCCAGCCGCCGCAACUGGCGACACUACGGGCGUUGGGGAUCAAGGAACGAUCUUCGGCCACCGUAACCCGGGUCUGCGGUCGGCGAGUAAGAGAACCAGGCCCGAGCGUACGGUGCGUAGCGUUCCGCGCGCGCCUCAAGGAGCCGAUAGGCCACCACAGACGGGGCCCUAUAGGGCUGAUGUUCAGCUGGGGUUGCGGGGUGGACAACGCACUUGUAACUCCUCCGACGUUGCGGGUGUCCAUGGGCUACGCUGAUUGCUUUCCAUCAGGUAAUCCGUUUGCUCGUCCGCCAACAUGUCACAUAAAAAAAAUACUAGUGACCACGAGCGGAAGCGAGGGUUGUCUAGCCAAUGGGUUACCUGAAGUGUGUGUGGUAGCAGUGUACUGCAAGCCAGCUACAUCUGAGGAUGACGUCCUCAGCAACGUCGUCGGAGUGGUCAAGAGUUGUGCCGAAGAAGAUGUCUGGAUGUGCAUUAAGGAAAGAUCGAUGAGAUUCCUAGAAAACGCGGCCUCAGCGCGGGAACUUAAACUGGCUGAUGGCCUCGCGAUCUACAAUGUCGGCACUUCUCGUUCAGCUAGGUCCUACGAACCCCUUCCUGAAGAACCUCAAGCUAGGGAGAACCAAGUUGAGGCUAGGCUAGUCGAUGCUGCUGCUGACUUCAUGGAAAACCAUGUCAUCCAGCUGCGUAUGCCCAAGAGCACUGUCGAGGACAUGAAGAGGUCCCUUGAGGAAGGCCGUGGCAAGAAGAAGAAGCUGAAGCAGCUCCUCCCCAUCCUCGCCCUCCUCCAGCUGAAGAUCCAGUCCCUCAUCCCUCUGUUCCUCGGUAUCAUCGCCUUCGCCGCUAUCAAGGGUCUGAUGCUCGCCAAGGCUGCCCUCCUCGCCUCUGCUCUGGUCCUCCUUAAGAAGCUGCUCUCCAAGAGCGAACACCAUGAAAGCUACGAGGUCGUAGCUCACCCACACCAUGAAGAGCACUUCAGCCACGGUGGUGGUGGCCACGGUGGAUGGGGCAGGUCUUCCCAAGACGCCCAGUCCUUGGCCUACAACGCCUACUCCAACUAA